AUGGAGAUUUUUUUCGUCCCUCCCCCAUCACACGCAGCCAACAAAAAAACCCACACCCAGAAAAAAAAAACAACUCCAUCAACCCCACUCCUUUCGAUCCCAUCGUUCGUUGUCGCCGCCGCCGCGUCUCUCGAUCCCAUCGAUCCCAUAUAUCGUUGCCAGCGCCGCCGCCGCCGUCCGAGGGGGAGACGCCGGCACGCCGCCGCCGCCGCCUCCACAAGGCAGGGCGGUUUGAAUCCCGCUGCCGCCGAACUCCGGGAAACGCCCGACGGCGUACCCUGGAAGGCCUGGAUCAAGGAGGAGCACAGGAGGAAGUUCAGCAACCGUGAGCCGAACAAAAACCAUGAUCUCUGCAAGGAGAUCAGCAAGCCGCCGAGCGCCGACUUGUACCACCAGCUCGGCCAGGCGACCUGUGACAGCCACAGGUCGUGUGACCAGAGCAACAGGGCCGGCAAGAAGAGGAAGGAGCCGCACAGCGAGGAGGAAGACGACGGCGAGGACAACGACGCCGCCGCCGGGUCGAAGAAGCCGAGGGUGCUGUGGUCAGUGGAGCUGCACCGGAAGUUCGUCGCCGCCGUAAACCAGCUCGGGAUCAACAAGGCUGUACCCAAACGAUUACUCGAGCUUAUGAACAUGGAGAAGCUCACCAGGGAAAAUGUUGCGAGUCAUCUGCAGAGCAGAGCUCUUUUAACAAAUAAGUUAACAUGUUCCUGGUGUUCGUGAAUACCAGCCGAUGAUCCCCCGCCACGCUCGCUUCCAGGUGACCCACCUCUCACCUGUGCUUCGUUUUUUUUUUGGUGGUGAUCUGAUUCCGUCAUAAGCUUGUCAUCCUGCUCCAAGGCGGCGGGGCGAUUUCAGGCGCGAUCUGGGAUGGUAGCUAUCAGGGUUCCGACUUCCGAGGGGAUCCUGAGACUGAUUUGCUACUCCUUGAUUCCGCACUAAACACGGACCAUUUGGUGGUUACUAACAGGUUUUUGGCGAUGCGCAGGUGGCUGCACACGCCAGCAUUUGCAAUUGUGAGGUCUCUGGUCAAGCCCAUGGUAAAUGCAGAAUUUCGGCAAGAUGGCCGGGAUUUUGUUUAUCUGCUUGUAUGCGUUGUUUUAAAUCGGUCCUGCGUGAUAGCUUUGUCAUAGACAAGCUUCAGGACUGUCUCUGUCCAUGGGGUUACUGAUUACUGCUUGUGCUGUUUAAGAGCGACACACAGGAAUAAGAUUAUUUGUACUUCA